CCAUAUAGAUAAUGAUUUAACAUGGAAGAGUAGAAGACUUCAUUGGUAAGCUUUCGGAUUUGGGUGGGAAUAAUCACCAAACCAUGGAAGCUCAAACUGAAACUGUCAUGACUGGGGAGAAUCAGCAUGUUGAGGAUACUUCAUCAUCAGAAUUCACUUGGAGAAUUCACAACUUUUCUAGCAUUACUGCAAAUAAGCUCUAUUCUGAAAUAUUUGCUGUUGGUGGCUAUAAAUGGCGUGUGCUUAUUUUCCCGAAAGGCAACAAUGUGGACUAUUUGUCCAUAUAUUUGGAUGUUGCAGAGUUAGCUAGUUUGCACAAUGAUUGGAGCAGAUAUGCAGAGUUUAGCUUGGCAGUAGUUAGUCAAAUCCAUAAUAAGCACUCUGUGAUAAAAGACACGCAGCACCAAUUCAAUGAUCGAGAAAGUGAUUGGGGUUUCACUUCCUUCAUGCCACUUGGUGAAUUGCAUGAUCCUAGUAGAGGGUAUCUUGUGAAUGAUACUCUUGUAGUUGAAGCCAGGAUUGUUGACUGGACUUAUGAUUCAAAGAAGGGGAUUGGCUGUUCUAGGCUAAAGAAAGAUCAGGAGGAAAAAGAUAACAAAAUCAAAGAAAUGGAAGAGCCUUACCUUUACACUGUUAUAAAGUUAGCACGAGAUGAAGACCUUGCCGUGCAAAUUGGAAAGGAUAUAUAUUUUGAUCUUGUAGACCAUGACAAAGUGAGGAGUUUCCGUGUCCUAAAUCAGAGGUCUUUCAACCUUUUCAAGGAAGAGGUUGCUAAAGAGUUUGGAAUACCAGUUCAAUUCCAGCGCUUUUGGCUAUGGCCAAUGCGUAAAAACUAUACAUAUCGUCCUAAUCGGCCAUUGACACACAUUGAGGAAGCACAACCUGUUGGACAAUUCAUAGGGGAAGCAAACAAUGACCACAAUGCAGAAUUAAAAUUGUUUUUGGAAGUGGAGCUUGGGAUGGAUUUACGACCAAUUGCACCACCUGACAAGAAAAAGGAUGAUAUGUUAUUAUUCUUCAAGUUAUAUGAUCCUGAAAAAGAGGAGCUACGUUAUGUCGGAAGGCUUUUUGUGAAAAGUACUGGUAAGCCAUCAGAAAUCAUGAUGAGGUUAAAUGUAAUGGCUGGUUAUGAUCUGGAUGAAGUGAUUGCACUUUAUGAGGAAAUUACGUUCGAACCAAAUAUCAUUUGUGUUCCGAUUGAUAAGAAAUUAACAUUUCGAGAUAGCGAGCUAGAAAAUGGAGAUAUUGUAUGCUUCCAGAAACUGGAUAGUGAGAAAUGUGUCCGCUAUCCAGAUGUGCCUUCAUACUUAGAAUAUGUGCACAAUUCCCAGGUUGUUCACUUCCGAUCUCUAGAAGAGCAUAGCUUUUGCCUAAAGAUGCCAAGGCUCUAUAAAUAUGAUGAUGUAGUGGAGAGAGUUGCUCGACAACUUGGUUUGGAUGAUCCAUCCAAAAUUAGGCUUACCCCACACGACUGCUCCUCUCAACAACCAAAACCCGAGCCUAUUGAGUACCGAGGGGUGAAGCAUUUAUCUGAUAUGCUGGUUCACGACAAUCAGACUUCGGAUAUAUUAUACUACGAAGUACUUGACAUCUCUCUGCUAGAUUUACAUGGUUGGAAAACUCUGAAAAUUGCAUUUCACCAUGCUACCAAAGACGAAGUGAUUAUUCAGACUGUUAGACUCCCAAAGCAGAGUACUGUGGCAGAUGUCCUUGAUGAUCUUAAAACAAAGGUGGCAUUGUCUCAUCUUAAUGUUGACCUUAGGUUACUUGAAGUCUUCAAUCACAAGAUAUACAAGAUCUUCUCUCCGAAUGAAAAGAUUAUAAACUUCAAUGAUCAAUCCUGGACAUUACGUGCAGAGGAGAUUCCGGAAGAAGAGAAAAAUGUGGGUCCACGUGGUCAUCUAAUCCAUGUCUAUCAUUUCACUAAAGGCGCAGAUCAGAAACAAAUGCAAAUUCAAAACUUUGGGGAACCCUUUGUCUUGGUUAUACAUAAAGAUGAGACUUUGGGUGAAAUUAAAGUGCGAAUACAGAAGAAACUUCAAGUUCCUGAUGAUGCCUUUGGCAAGUGGGAGUUUGCAUUUGUUUCAACAGGGCAUCCUGAGUACCUUCAGGACAAUGACAUUGUAUCCAGUCGUUUUCAGAGAAGAGACAUUUAUGGUGCAUGGGACCAGUAUCUUGGGUUGGAGCAUAAUGACAAUGGUCGCAUCCCUAGGGUAAAGGAGUUGGAGUUGCUAGUUUCCAGCAACCACCUAGCUAAAGAGGAUGUGCCUUUGUUAACUGAAUUUCUGUUAAAGUAUCCUUGUGUUGGUUUUCGUGAUGAAGCUUCUACAAACAAGUAUCAGGGUUUUGCCUAUGGUUGCUUGGCCGAGCUUCUGAGGUUUCUGGGGUCUUGCAGUGUUAUUGAUGCGGCUGGUGACCGCAAGCAAGAGCUUGAUGACUUGGUUGCUAAUGUUCGGUGCUGUGCUUUUUCAGACCAUAGCUGGCUUGACCGCCUUAUUCCAUCCUUUGGGUAGUGUUAAGGUGCUUUUCAUAAGUUGCUAAGAUGAUGAGCUCCUUAUUCCUUCCAUUGGGGAGUAUUAAAGUGUUUUUCAAAUAUUGAUAAGAUGAUGAGCUCCUUAUUCCUUUCUACAAAUGCAAUAUUCACAAUCGUCACAGUCGUAUUACUAUUUAAGUUUCUUAGAACUUGAACUUGACACUGGUUUACUUUCAUUGCUAUGUCG